UGCAGAUGCCACAACCUUGCACCUUCCCAUGCCCAGCCAUAGUCAACCCCACCAUGUUCUUCAACAUCACUGCUGAUGUCGAGCCCUUGGGCAGCAUCUCCUUCAAGCUGUUUGCAGACAAAGUUCCAAAGACAGCAGGAAACUUUUGUGCUCUGAGCACUGGGGAGAAAGGAUGUGGUUAUAAAGGCUCCUGCUUUCACAGAAUUAUUUCAGGAUUUACAUGCCAAGGUGGUGACUUCACACACCACAACAGCACAGGCGGCAAGUCCAUCUACGGGGAGAAAUUUGAUGAUGAGAAUUUUGUCCUGAAGCACACAGGUCCUGGCAUCUUGUUCAUGGAAAAUGCUGAACCCAACACAAAUGGUUCCCAGGUUUUCAUCUGCACUUCCAAGACCGAGUGGCUGAACAGCAAGCAUGUGGUGUUCAACCAGGUGAAAGACGGCAUGGGUAUCUUUCACCUGGUGGUAUCUGGUGGACCCAUAGUGCUCCACAAAUGGCAAGACCAGCAAAAGGAUCACCAUCACUGACUGUGGACAACUCUAAUAAAUUUUACUUGUGUUUUAUCUUAACCACCAGACCAUUCCUACUGUAGCUCAGGAGAGGACCCCUUCACCCCCGUCUGCUUAGAAUGUUCCAUAAUCUUUGUGCUCUCACUGCAGUUCAUUGGGUU